AUGGCAGGCUCUCGCAAAGGUUUAAAAAUCUUUGCUGCUGUCACUGGCAUUCUCCUCAUUGUCAUCUUAGUUGUUCUAGUCGUUCUGUUCGUUACAAUCUUUAAACCCAAAGAACCUUCAAUCUUCACCAAGCCGGUGACCCUAGAAAGCUUUGAAUUGGUAGUUACUCCAGUGGUAAGGUUGAAUGUAUCAAUUGGAAUAUUGAUCACAGUGAAAAAUCCGAACUAUGGAGGCUUUAAGUAUGAAAACAGCACAGCUCAUAUCAGUUAUCGUGGGAAUGUCGUCGCUGAAGCUCCGAUCGAAGAAGACACAAUUCCAGCUCGUGCGACUCAUAACAUCACCUCUUCUAAACCACCCUGCAUGGCAAGGUGA